UCGCGGGGGGGGCAGAAUCAACGGAACUUUCCACUUGAACCAAAAAGCCGCCGGACUGUUCAGACCUCUCCAUUGAAACGGAGCGAUCAGCUGCACACACACACAUACACACACACACUCAUGGCACCGACUUUGGGUCUGUUUGUGGCUUCUUUGUUGAUCCUCCUCGCCUCCGGAGCGGAAGGGAGGCGCAGCAGGGAGAGAGUUUACUAUGUGGGGAUCAUUGAGGACUACUGGGAUUACGCACCAAGCGGAAAAAACCUUCUCAACGGGCUAGACGUCGAAAAUGAUCCGCAUGCGUCUGUGUUCCUGCAAAGAGGACCCCAUCGUAUUGGCAGUGUUUAUAAGAAGGCCAUGUUCAGACAGUAUACAGAUUCCACGUACAGCAGGAAAGUCCCCCGACCGGCCUGGUUGGGCUUCCUGGGGCCGACACUGCGAGCUGAGGUCGGCGAAGUUAUUGUGGUCCACCUGAAGAACUUUGCAACCAGGAGUUACUCUAUGCAUCCUCACGGAGUUUUCUAUACGAAGGAUACAGAAGGGGCGCUUUAUCCAGAUGGGACAUCAAAGAAGCUGAAGGAGGACGACUCGGUUCCUCCCGGGGGCAGCUACACCUACCGCUGGGAGGUCAAACCCGAAUUUGCCCCCACAGAUGACGAUGCCAACUGUCUGACUUGGGCGUACCACUCUCACGUGGACGCUCCCAGGGAAGUCGCCUCGGGACUUAUCGGAGCACUGCUCACCUGCAAGAAAGGAGCCUUGAAGGAGACUGGUGUGAAGGCGAAGCUAGAGUCUGUCCUAGAGUCGCCCCGAAUGGAUGUUGACCAGGAUGUCUUCCUGAUGUUCUACGUGGUGGAUGAAAACCUGAGUUGGUACCUGGAGGACAACAUUCAGAACUGCUCUGAUCCAGCUGGAGUAUACCGGAAAGACCCAGACUUUGAGGAGUCAAACAAGAUGCACGCUAUCAAUGGCUACAUGUUUGGUAACCUGCCCGGAAUCAAGUUAUGCCAGGACAGCACGGUAGCCUGGCAUUUGGUUGGCAUGGGUAACGAGGUGGACAUCCACUCCGUCUUUUUCCAUGGGAAUACGCUGCUGGACCGUGGCCACCGCACCGACGUCCUCAGCCUGUUCCCAGCCACGUUUGCCACGGCUCAGAUGGUCCCAAAAGCGUCAGGAAAGUGGUUGGUGACCUGCCAGGUCAACGACCACUUGCAGGCUGGGAUGCAGGCGUUCUAUGAAGUGAAUGCAUGUGGCAGAAAAGCCGCCUAUACAGGGGUGGGUGGUGUGGUGAGGAACUACUACCUGGCUGCAGAGAAAGUCCAGUGGAGCUACGGUCCCUCAGGAAGGGAUCUAAUUAAAAAUGUGUCCCUCACUGAGACGGGCAGUGCAUCCGAGGUAUUUUUUGGUAGAGCUGGUGGAGGGAUCGGAGGGGACUACCUGAAAGUGUUAUACGCAGAGUACACAGACGACACCUUUACCGUCAGAAAACCAUCAACCCCUUCUUCUCAACACUUAGGAUUCUUAGGUCCAGUGCUGAGGGCAGAGGAGGGAGACACUCUUAGAGUGACCUUCCUGAAUAAAGCUGAUAGAAAUUAUAGCAUACAGCCUCAUGGCCUGCACUAUGACAAACACUUCCAGGCAGUCAGCUAUGAAGACGGUGUUGACAAGCCAGGAUCCCACGUUGGUCCAGGGGUGAACUUCACCUACAGCUGGCAGGUGCUAGAAGGUCCGUCUUCAUCGGACUCUCCCUGUAUCCCCUACCUGUACUUCUCUGCAACGGAUCCCGCCCUGGACACUAACUCCGGAUUAGUGGGACCUCUGCUUGUGUGCAAGAAGGGAGCGCUGACGGAGAGCGGAACCCAGAAGGGUGUGGAUAAGGAGUUCUUCCUCCUGUUCUCUGUCAUGGAUGAAAACAAGAGCUGGUAUUUGGAGGAGAAUAUUGAGGUGUUUGGCACGAACAGGACAAAUCCUGAAGAUGAAGACUUUGAGGAGAGCAAUUUGAUGCAUGCUGUAAACGGACGCAUGUAUGGGAACCUUCACGGGUUGGAGAUGUGUGCCGGGGACAAAGUUAGUUGGUACACCUUUGGGCUGGGUACAGAAGUGGACAUCCAUGGUGUUUAUUUUGAGGGGAACACCUUCAAGAAGCAGAGCACAACACGUGACACCGUGAGCCUUUUCCCUCACACCACUGCUACUGCCUUAAUGCAGCCAAGCACUCCUGGCCUCUACGAGGUGAGCUGCAGAGUAACAGACCACUACUCAGCUGGCAUGAGGCAGCGGUACAGAGUGAACCUGUGCCCGCAACACAAACUGAAGCCCACACACUCGGGAGGGCCGACCAAGAUUGUGCAGUAUUUCAUUAGCGCUGAAGAAGUAGAGUGGGACUACUCCCCCAGGAGAGACUGGGAGAAGGAGAACCACAACGGCACACUAAAGAGCAGUCCAGGCAAUAUAUUUUUGGAGAGAGGAGGAAACAGAAUUGGCUCGCGCUAUAAGAAGGCGGUGUAUAGAGAAUACACCGAUGACACCUUCACAGUUCAGGAGGAACGACGGGGCAGCCAGCUACACUUGGGAACUAUGGGGCCAAUUAUCAAAGCAGAAGUGGGAGAGCAGAUAGUGAUCACGUUCAAGAACAAAGCCAGUCGUCCAUACUCGAUUGCCCCACAUGGGGUGAAGGCCAGCGGCGCUCACGUUCCCGUCCAACCUGGCCACAUACUCGAGCUGACGUGGGAUGUUCCUCAAAGCUCCGGUCCAGGGGUCUCAGAUCCUAACUGCAUCUCUUAUGCCUACUACUCCAAUGUUAACUUCAUUAAGGAUCUGUACAGUGGUCUUCUGGGGCCUCUGGUGAUCUGCAGGCCUGGGACGCUGAAGCGCGGGCAUGGGCCCGACCGACGGAGGGCUGACGUGGAGAAGGAGUUUGCGCUGCUCUUCAUGGUGUAUGAUGAAAACCAGUCCUGGUACAUGGAGGACAACAUCCGAACGUACCUUAACGCCGACCCGGAUACCUUUAAUCCCGACGAAGACUUCAACGAGAGUAACCUGAUGCACGGCAUCAAUGGUCUACUCUACGGUAACCUCCGUGGACUGGUGAUGAGGGGGGGGCAGAAGGUCGACUGGUAUCUACUGGGCAUGGGCAACGAAGUGGACUUGCACACCGUUCACUUCCACGCUGAGACUUUUACCUACAAGACGGACCGCGUGCACCGUGCAGAUGUCUUUGAUCUCUUCCCCGGGAUUUUCCAGACUGUGGAGAUGGUUGCUGGGAACCCGGGGACAUGGUUUCUGCACUGUCAUGUCACUGACCACAUUCGUUCUGGCAUGGAGACCACUUUCACCAUCCUUGAGAGCUCCUCUCAUGGUAAGAGCUAUUUAUUUACCAAAACUUCACACCAUGCGGCCCACAACCAAAAGCGACUGCAUGUGAAGGCUCCUUGAAGACGCUGCUGCUCUCGCUGAUUCUUGGUGUCGUGGCUGUAGGCGUGUCCUCCACUGACGAAGGACGUUAUUGCACUAAAAACAAAAUCACUGCCUGUUACUAAUAGAGCUCAUGUAUGUAAAUAUCAAGUAAGGAUCAGACCAAUCACAAUAUAAUAUUUAAAAUGAUUAACUUUUUAAAAUAUUUUUCUAUUUUUUCAAAAAGUUCCAAUACCCAAAAUAUUACCCGUGUUCUGAUUGUGCAAUAAAGACAUUUAAUCAACCGCAUUUUGAAA